AAUUUGACUAUAAAAUAGUAUUUAAUUAUAAAAGAAAGACAUGGAGAAUCGAAGUCCAACCAUGAGUAUAAAAUUAAAAAUUAGGAACAGUGCUAAUAAACUUAGACACAGUUCUCCGAAAUUGCAAGAGGUGUUGCGAGAGAGAUGUCGAGAAAGAAUGAGAGAGAAACGUGGACAAUUAUUUAAUAAACGUAGAUUUGGUUUGGAAAGUAAUUCGAGAGAUGUACAAGAUACGUUGACUGAAAUCGUACGUAAAGAAUUUAAUAAUCUCGUAACUAGAGAUCUUGGUCCAGAUUUUUUUGACAAUACAUCAUUUCUUAAUGAAUUGCUUCAUCAAGAAGAAGAAUUAGAAAAUGAAAUACUCAGUGAAGAAGAACAGUGGAUAUUACAAGAAUAUGAAAAAAUGACACAAGAAGAAAUUGAAAUGUUAGCUCUCACUGCAGAUGAACAAGACAAAGAAGUUAUUUGUCCUAUAUGUCAGAAAUCUAAUUUAACACAAAAACAAAAUAAAGUAACUUGUAUAUCUUGUGAUUUUGCAUUGAACAAUUGUAUCAAUGUAAAGGAAGUAGGAUAUCGUAUUAAUAACUGUGUGAAUAACCAUUCUGCACAUUGUAGAAAAAUACCUAGCUUUUUUCCUCUAUCUGAGAACAAUAAGAUAUCCUUGUAUCUAGUUUGUGACGAAUGUUCCACGUGGGUAUCAAUAAUAUAAGUUUUGAUUCCCUCUUUAAUUACCAAAAGAUUUCAAGAAUAAUACAAUCACUGAAAAGAACUAUAUUUUUUUAUAUAAUCAAUGUCCAAUUUAAGUUUUUAAUAAUAAUCCCUUAAUAUAUAAUACACUUGAUGGACAUUUGAAUGAAACUUAAUGCUGGAUAUCAGACUAAUAUCCAGAAAAGAAUUUAGAUAAUAAAAUGCUUCUUUUUAAAUAAAAUGUUAGAAAUAAAAAAAAAAACAUGAAUAAAAAAUUAAUAAUAUUUAAUGUUAAGCUCAUAGGAGAGAGAAAAAGUAAAAUUUAAUUUCUUUUAAGGUAAUCAGAAUAACAAUACAUGGAUUUUUAUAAGAUUAUAUGAUACAUAUUGUACAAAAAACAUCCCCCUUUGUUGAUUUCUUUAUAUUAUUUAUCACUUAUACAUACACAAUGUAAAGUUAAAUAAAAAACAACUGCAUAUUGUAAAAAUUAAUUGAACAGGUAUUUGCAAAAUGUAAAAUUUAUACUUUUACAAUCUUUAAAACAACUUUGAAAGUUCUUAAAGAUUCUUCACCGCUCACAUUUUGCUAUAUACAAUUGAUAUUAAAGCUAACAAUAUUACAAUAUGCAGAAGUCUUUUAUAGCUUAAGCCCUAAUUGUUGAAUUCUUUUAUAAAUGAUUUGUACAUUAUCACAUGAAAUUUCGUAUUAAAAACUUCAUAUUUAAUAACAUUAAUAGUAUAUAAUAAACUUGUAAUUUGUGAGCAACCCAUUUUUUUUUUUACUUCAUAUGCGUUUAAUUAUCUGCAAUAUAAACUUUUUAUCCUUUCAAAGUUAUUACUAUGCAAGUAUCAACAGCUGUAUUAUUCAUCAUAGAAUACAAGAUCGAACUUGGAAAUAUUUAGUUUUAAACUGCAGUUUUCACGCUAAAAGAUUAAUCAGAUAUUUUCAACAAUUUAUGUUUCUUACUCCAGUCUCUUGUUAUAAUUUCAUGGCACCGAUUUCAUCUAGGUAUACUCAAGUAUAUAUUUUCAAGUAACAUAAAAAAAUGUAAUUAAUUACUUGACAUUAAUUAUAAAUGAUUCUUUAUUAUUCGUCGAUCUUAACAAAAGACUUUUUAAAAGUAAACGAUUUUUUGACGAAAGUUAUUUAUAUUUCAACUAUUAUAAAAAUAUACCAACAGUGUAACAUAUAAUUAAGUCCGCAAUAUAGUUUUACGAAUAUAUUUAUCUUAAAAAUAGUAAGAAACGAUAUCUAAAAAGAAAGAGAAUAAUUUCCAAAGAUAAUGAUUUCCUUUUCUUUAGCAUUAUCAUAAACGACGUAUUUAGAUAAAAACAAGCAUAGUAAAAAUAUAAUGGAAUGGUUUGCUCUACACAUUUUUCCUUCCUUUUUUUAUGUUUGUAUGAUCAAGUAUUACAAUGAAUUUAAUGAAGCAUCGAGAAGAAAAAAGAAAGGAAUUUAUCGCAAAAAUCUGUUAUCGCAAUUUAUGAAAAUGUAAAGUUAUAUAUAAUUCUUUUCUUAAUGCUGAGUGAACAUAAACGUAACGCAUAUAAUAUAAUUACCUAAUAAAUACGAAUGUCCUUUCUCAUUUUUUAUAAUAUUUUAUGCGAACAUAUGAACAAUUGCGAUAACCGCUAUAAAAAAAGGAUGUUCAAAUCUCAACGUGUUCCAAAUUUGUAACAGUCUAUAUAUCAUAAUAUAUAUUUUGUUAAAUGUUUGCGAGUAAAUUCAUGUACAUCUUUGUAUACUCUUUUAACAGUUAAUUAUUAAAUUUUAUGGUCACAAUUUUGAGAA